GCGCGAGGGAGGGAGGGAGCGAGUAUGAGAGAGGGGAAUUGAGACGGGACCUUUCCAUCCGUGUAUUUGUUUUGAGGACACGAUUGAUGCGGCGGGUGGUAGCUCGCUAGUAGCGGCUUACACGAUCGUGGCGGAGAAACAAAAGCUGAGGUAUAGCUGCAGUGAGCCGCGACCCCCCAAGCCACACAAACAGACAGCAGACUUUUAAUAACGCAGCGAUCGAGAAAGGGACUCGCACAACGCCGAUGUUGCUGUUUUUCAUUUGAACAAACUCUCGCCAAUUAUCAGGCAUGUACAAAAGGGGAUUAUUACCAUAAAUAAAGCGUACCGCUUCGGCCUGCGUGAAUGGGCGAUUUGCUGCGAACGGAGCUCAUAAAUUGUUCCAUAAUUCUGACGGAUACAUUCCUAGCAAUUUGACAGCGGCUUCAGUUACCGAGAUCUCUCAGCUCGGCUGUCUUUGUAUACGAGGCAGAGUCGUCGCUUAUGACUCAUAUGAGUAGGAUGGUGAGUCCCAGAGCAGAAGAAAAGUUUGUUUGGUGAAGUGCAAGCGUCCAGUGUGACCACCCGACCUCACUGCCCACUGUCCGGACUGAGACUGACAAAUCAGGAGAGGGCUGGCCCCCUGCCCCCUGUUACGUAACGCCAGAAGAAAGUGGCCCGGCUAUCGCCGUAACAAAGACACCCCUCUCCCUAUUGGCAGCGGUCUCGGCGUGAAAGGAACACGUUUUGAUAUGGACCGAGCAGACAAUAUGUUUUUAUUUGCACGUGAAUACUUUAUCACGGGAGCAAACUCGUUCAAGUAUUACAUUUGCUUCGCCGCUGUCAAGUCGUGCUCAUGGCGGGCUAGUAAUUGAGACCAGGAUCAAAGCCAAUCAAAAGUCUUCUUACAAUUUGAUUAUGAUAAUUACAGCGGGCAUUAUUUGAUAGUUGAUAAUCAUAAUUCGAGCAUGCGCACCAAGGGUCCGACUAUAUAAACCGGAAUAUCACAACAGAGCAAGUUUUGUCAUCGAGUGGUCUGGUGGACACUGCCAAAUAUGUCCCGACGUAAACAGUCAAAUCCUCGCCACUUGGACUCGGAACUGGAGUUAGCGUCUCUCCUUGAAAAUGGUUCCACUCCCGGGGAUAUGCCUGCACCCAAUACUAAAGACGCCCAUGUAUGUGGCGAAUGUAGGGCUGAAUUUCUCGACCUUGAAGGUUUCAUUGCUCAUAAGCAGACGUGUACAAAAAAGAGAAUUGUAGUCAUGAUUGAUGCUGAAAACAGACCAGGCGAUAAUGAGAUUCGGCCCAAAUCCCCAUCAAUAGAAUAUGAUGAUGAUGAGGAUAUAAGGUCACAACCAGACGACCUUGAGGGUGGCUCUGAUGAAAACGAUGUCAAUGACCUUGACUCUGUAGACAUGUCUGAAGAGGGCUAUGGUAUGGGUUUAGGUGUGAACGGGGACAAGGACCUCGAUGAAAAUGACAAUUUUGAGGAGGACGAGAAGAAGGACAGUAACAAUGACACUGAGAUGAUUUCUCAAUCCAAGUACGAGCUAAUGUCACAACUACCUCAUUUAUUUCCAUUCUUGCCCAAUACAAAUGUGACGCUCGAGCCAAUGUCCGAGACGAAAGCAGCAGUUGCUCAGUUUGCGGAGAACAAUUUGAUGCCACAAGACUUGGCUAUGAUGAGCGCAACAUUAUAUAGUCUGCAACAGCAACAACUUGUGCAACUACAGCUUAUACAACAGCUGCAGCAGCAGCUUAUUACUGGACAACUUCAACAAAAUCAACAGGCUGUUCCACCAACGACCUCUGCUGAAACGACCUUGACCCCUUCCGAUCCUCCCAGUUCGGAGACCCAAGAGUCAUCUGCUCCUGAUUCGGAAGAUAAGAAAGAAGAGGAAUCCCCAUCAUCAGAAGAACCCAAAAAGGCAGUUUCAUCAUCAUCGAGUAGUUCGACUUUUACGACUCCCGCUUUAUCAACCCCACUCCCCUCUUCCGGUCUGUCUGGACUCUCCGGACUCUCUGGGCUCUCCGGACUCUCCGGACUCUCCGGACUCUCUGCAUUUAGCCAACUUCAGAAAGAGGCUGUCGUUUCCGCGUCGCCAAUGAUGCCCCCAAUGCCGAAUAUGAACAUAUCAACACCUGAAGUUCGACACAGAGGGACGAUGCUUGAACGAUCCCAGUAUGCAAGCGACGACCCUUUCUUUAAGCACAAAUGCCGCUUCUGUCACAAAGUGUUUGGCAGCGACAGCGCUCUGCAGAUACACGUUCGGUCUCACACGGGUGAAAGACCUUUCAAAUGCAACAUCUGCGGAAACAGGUUCUCCACCCGAGGCAACUUGAAAGUGCACUUUGAACGUCAUAAGGCCAAGUACCCACAUGCCAAGAUGAAUCCUCAUCCUCAACCAGAGCAUCUUGAGCGGCCAAUGCCAAUGCUUACUCCCUUCGGAGUACCCCAAAUGCCGACAGUCCCCACCUCCAUGCCGCUGCCUCCAGGUCUGAUGUCACCACCAGUCACAGCCUCACUCCCUAUGAGUUCUUUGGGAAUGCUCAUGCCAUCGCCACCAAUCCCAGUUGCUCCACGGCCUCCUCCACCAAAAUCAUCAGAUCCAGAAUCAAAGCCGAAGGACAAACCUCACUCUAGUCCUCCCCCUGCUAGUGAGGCCUCCUCUCAAAAAAGCCCACCUGAAGAUAGUUCACGCAAUGUCAAGUCUUCCGUGGCUCCACCUCUCCCAUCCUUAACCUCUACGAGCAGUACACCAUGCACACCAUGCACACCAAGCACACCAAGCACACACAGCACACACAGCACACACAGCACAUACAGCACACACAGUAUCACAAGCUCUCACUUGAUGCCAAGUCUGAAGCUGCCUAGUCCUUCAAUGUCAACUCAUAGUGCAACUCAUAGUGCCAUGCCUAGCUACAGCUUGCCAGCCACACCGACCAGUUUCCCAUUGCCAUCCCCGCUGGCAUCCAACAUGCCAUUAGGAGUAAUGGCAUCUCCUUUUGGACCACUGCCACCACCUCCUCCACCCCCACCUACUUCCCAAGGAGACAUGUUCAGAAACUCUAUUCUGCCCACUAAGACUAUAGAACCUACUGAAGAUCUGGAAAGAUAUAUGGAGUGCACCAAAUCUGAGACCUCGAAGCUAGAACAACUUGUGAAGAACAUAGAACAGAAGAUCACUGACCCAAACCAGUGUGUUAUAUGCCACCGAGUUCUUAGCUGUAAGUCUGCUCUACAGAUGCAUUAUCGUAUUCACACUGGAGAAAGGCCAUUUAGAUGCAAGAUCUGCAGUAGAUCCUUCACUACCAAGGGUAAUCUGAAGACGCACAUGGGUGUACACAGAUCCAAGCCCCCACUUCGGAUGAUGCACCAAUGCCCAGUUUGCCAUAAACAAUUUACCAACUUGCUGGUUCUACAACAGCACAUUAGAAUGCACACUGGUGAACCAAUGCAUGAUCUGAACCAUUCUGCCUUAUACAGGCACCCUGACUGGGCACCAAAACCCCCAGAAUUUGGGAAGAUGUUUGACCACAAACCGUUUGACUUGUCCCACCACCAUGGAGAAGGAAAAGAACUGGAUCUUAGCAGGAGUGGAUCCUACUGCGGCAGCGACAUGAUGGAUGUAUAUGGUCCUAACUCUCAGGAAGAUGAUGACUUUCGUUCCGAAAAUGAUAUCAAUGAUGAGGAACUAGACAUGGAUGAAGGUAUGGAUGAUCCCAGAAAUGAGAUGAUGGAAGAUGCUGAAAUGAUGGAUGACAAAGAUGAUUAUGAUGAACCAUCUGAUGAAAACAUACCAUCAGAACAUCCUCAAGAGGGAGAAAGACCCAACUCUGCUGCAUCCAGAGCAUCCCCUCCAAGGGAAACAUCUAGUCCGAACCCAAGCCUGCCUCCUUCUUCAUCCAGACCUGAAAGCAGAGGUACUCCUGUUAUCACAAGCUCCUUCUCUAGUCCAUACUACAAUACCUCUCUGGCUGCCCUUGAAGAGAGAGUGAAAGCUAUUGAUAGUCAAAUGGCUCAGGCUUCCUUUGAACGAUUCCGCAAUAGUAUGGGACUUGGUCACAGUCCUGGGUUGAUGACGAAACUGCCAUCCAGCUACCCUUACCAGAAUGGUGAUAGGUCUCCAGUUACAUCUCCCAGAAGCCCCUCUGUAUCAGAGGCUGGGUCGGAAGGAAGCAACAUGAGAGAUGACCAUCCACAUGGCUACAACCCUGAUGCUCCUCUUCCCUUUGGAUUUCCCAUGAUGGGCUACGGUGAUCUCCGAUCUGGCGCUGAGAAACGCAACACAACAUGCAACAUUUGUUUCAAGACAUUUGCCUGUCGGAGUGCACUUGACAUUCAUUAUAGAAGUCACACUAAGGAACGCCCCUAUAAGUGUGAUGUCUGUGACAGAAGUUUCUCCACCAGAGGAAACAUGAGGCAGCACAUGCUUACACACAAGAUUCGGGAUCUGCCAUCGCAAUCCUUCACGGGUAACAGUAGUGACAGCCAGAGUGGCUGCACCAGAAGUGAGCCAUCAUCACCCAGGGGCCCAAGUCCUGAUGAAUCCCCUCCAGUACCCAAGCCUGAAUCUCACCCCAAGUCUGAAACCCCACCACCACCUUCAGCGCCCACCUUAAGCAAUAACAAUGAUGAAAGUCACAAUAAUAACAAUAACAAUAAUAAUAAUAAUACCAAGAGUCCUCAGCACUCCUCCACUCCAGUGACCUCUCAAUCAUCGAUGAACCACAACAGUAACAGCUCAGACAGCUCUCAAUUCAAUCGAAGAACAGGCCCAAAACAUCAAUGUAUGACCUGCAUGAAAACUUUUUCGAGCGCCAGUGCACUGCAGAUCCAUACCAGAACACACACGGGAGACAAACCCUUUAAGUGUACUGUCUGUGGGAAGGCCUUCACCACUAAGGGCAAUUUGAAGGUCCACAUGGGAACGCACAUGUGGAGCAACAGUCCUUCAAGAAGAGGCAGGAGGAUGUCCAUCGAGCCACCCUUCAUGCUGUCUCAUGUCAAGGACAACCCAUUCCUUGCUGGCUUUCACCGCCCCCCAGAGUUUUACUUCCAGUACCCCCCAUUCAUGAAUGGCUUGCCACCUCAGAAGAUGAAUGAGAUUUCUGUUAUACAGAGUGUGAAUGGAGGCAUGAAUCAUCAGUACCCACCGAUGCAUCAACCUGGCAUGGGCUUCAGUGUCAAGGCUGAGCAAAAAGAAUCUGAACGUGACCAUGAUCGUGAACGUGACCAUGAUCGUGAACGUGACCAUGAUCGUGAACGUGAACGAGAACGUGAACGAGAACGAGAACGUGAACGAGAACGCCAUCAUAGUGAUGGCCGUGGAAGUGAGAAAGAUGUGGAUGUAAGCAGGGAAGCCAGAGACAAUGUAUCAAAUGGUGGCAGUAGCCCUAGUGAAUCAAAACACAUCUUAUCUUCAGGAGAACUCGAUUUGAGCAUGAGAUCCUCCUCAUCGGCCUCGGCCAACUCAAGCUCACUCUCCUCUCCUCACAGUAAGGAGUCCCCCAAUGACUCUAGCCCAUACUCCUCUCAGGCCUGGCUGUGGAAAGCUGGCAGCUGCCACUUCUGUAAUCAGACCUUCCAAUCUCAGGCUGCUCUAGAACAACAUAUACAAACUCAGCACGUUCCAACAUCCCAUGUGACCGGAACAGACUCUCAUAAAGCGCUUGUGGCAUAGGCCGUGAUAUAACAUACUAGCUUCAGUGUGACAUGAAUAUUGUGCUUAGCUAGAAACAUUCCAGUGUCAGUGACUGUGUUGUGGUGUAUGGUUGAGCAGCUGUAGAUCAUUGCAGAUCCUUCAUUGUGACAAACUGUGUGCUGCGGUAGACUGAAUGGCUGCUUCUUCUAUUGGAGCAGGUUCUGCAGGAUGUCCUCAGUGCUGCUGGGGUCUUCUAGUCCUGUUGUCCUCAAUGCUGACCUGUGAGCAGGAUUUGUAGGAGGACCUGGAUGAGGUCCUACGGUUGCAGUGCUGACUUCUUGUUUAUCAUCGUACUCCAUCAUUGUCAUCAUCACAUGACAAGGUUGUGACAUCAACUUGUGACAUUAUAUUGUUGACUUAGUGAUCAUCUUGUUUUUACUCAAUGAGAAAACUCCUACAAACAGUGAUGUUUUUAACUUUGAACAGUGAACAUGUGGAUUUAGUGGUCAGUGAACUGAUAUCCGAUGCCAUAGUAAAGCAUUACAUCCCUCAUUGCUACUUAAAGACAUUGAAGCCAGUUCAUUGCCGAUCGCAUUUCAGCUCUGUUUACAGGGCUUCACUUGUGCUUAAUAUUUCUUCUUGUUAUCUAUUGUUCUCUGCAGCAUUACUCAAUCAACUAGGAUUAAGUGGUAGUGUAGAUUCAUGUACUUACAAACUUGUUAUGUUUAUGUCUUGAAUUGACAUGAAUGGAUGUAAUUAUUAUUUGUACAUAAUUUAUACAUGUUCUAGUCGGAUCGAAACAUCUAAUCAAUAUGGAAUCAAAACCAUUUUUGGUUGUAACUGUUUUUGCCAAUAGGGAUCACAUCUCUACCUCCCCUUUUGACACUCUUCAAUGUUUGGAGUUAAAUAUUUUUGUGUUCAUAUGCGGCAAACCAACUUAAGUCAGUUUUUCACAAAAAUACGUACAGUGCAUUAUUUUUAUAACCCUGAACAUGUUCUACUUACUUGAUAUAUUCGGUUUGUGAAUCUUACUUAAGAUUUUGUUUUAAUACCACAACCUAAUGGUUUAAUGGUCCUCUGCUACUUACAGAUUUUGCAAUUUUUAUGAUGCACAUUUUGUUUUGGAUUCUCAGUCAAUGUGAUAUGCUAAUUGCAUCCAUGAAGCUAGACUUUGAGAUGAGAGAAUUUGUACGAGUGUGAUUGCUAAAUUAUCACAGCCACAGUGAUGCAAUACAAACCCUUCAGACAUAUUUGUUGACUGAAUAUCCAUAUUUCAGAAUUCUUGUUAUGAUCUAUAAUCCGUUCAAAUAUUAUUAAUCACCAAAGAUUUUGUUGAUUUUAUUUCAUUGUCAGAAUAUAUCAAUCAUUUUUGAGUAUUUUUAGUAUUAUCAUGGCUAACUGGUUUUGUAAGCCAUGCCUAUGCAAACAACCAAAGACAUAAGUCAGUCUACAUUGCUUUUUGUCAGCUUUUGUUAUUUUGAUAUGACACUGUUCUCUUUGUGUUUCUUCAAGUCAGCUGGCUGAAGAGUAGAUGUUGUGUUACAAAUAGCAUGGACAUGUUCAGUGUGUUAAAUGCUGAAAGCAGGUUGGUGCUAUGCGGCCAUUGCUUGGGGAAACUUACUACUACUUAUAUGUUAUUUGGCGAUGUACUAUUUUCCAUUCUUGUUAAUCUUGUUAAAUGUUUGUAGAAUAGUCUUCCAUUUAAAGAAAGUGUCUAAAUGUAUAUUGAAAAAAACUCUAUAGCACCUUUCUGUUACUUGUUAAUCAAAAUCUUCUACGAAACAUCCAGGGUCAAAGGUGCCAUAACACAUUUUCUUGGUAGAAGUAGAUUUCGUCGCUUCUUGUACUUUUUGUAGCACUUGUUUGUUUAUUUUGCUUUUUGCCUUGAUGAACUGUGAUAGUCGUUGAGAAAUCCGUACUUACGUUUUCCACCCUUGCAUAUGUUGAAGUCAAGCUUUAGCGUUGUUUGGAUUCAUUCUCCUUGAGAAUUGGAAGGAAGUCUGUCUGCUUUUUGGAAUUGUAGCCUUCCCCACCUUCUUGUAAAAGGAAAUCUACGUGUCAUACCUAAACUCUGAGUAUUGGCUGUACUGGUUAUGAAAUCACAGUUUCUUCGUCUGAACCAUGAACCCAAUGAACUCCUUCGCCAUCCAUUAGUUAAGCUAGAGCUGAUUUUGUUGUAGAAGAGGCAUAUCAAUUUUCUUUCCUCCAACGCCUGGCUGCCCGUCCAUGGUUUCGAAAUCCAUAAAACUAGGACGUUCUUUUGUGUUCUGAUUUGAGAAACAUAUCACCAGUAUCGAAUUUUGAUCGUGGAAUCCAAACAGCAGAAGACAACGAAAGAGAACACAACUUGAAAUGGCCGCGAGCCUUUUGAACUACGCAAGACAAAUAAUACCUCUUUACCCCCGAAGACUAUACACAGACAUGGUAUUGUGUUUGGCCCCUAUAUUUUAACCAUUUUAAUUUUUCCAGUAUGAUAUUUUUUGCUUCAAAGGCAUUUCGUUUGGCAAAGGCAAUUUGAGAUGCCCCCAAAUUGUAUAUAGUUUGUAGAUAUGGUCACUUGAGGAAUUUCGGCUCUAUUGCACAGUGUGGUGUACCACUGGAAAUUAUAUUUGUUUGGUAAAUUCUUCUUCCGUUUGCGUUCCUUCAUUCUUUGACCUUUCGUUAAUCUUCUCUUGAGUUAGAACGUUAACUUUGUCUCUUAAAGAGGGAGGCAGUAGGAUAUAGCUUUAUAUUUUGUCAUAUGAAAAAUAAACCAUUGUUCACUAUUCAAA